GGAAACCCUUGCUUUCUUUGACGCAAAGGCUCAGGAUCUAGCUGCCGUCUGCCGAGCGCCCGGCAAGGAGCGACCCCAGACGGAGCCUCCGGAGUCCCUCAGCUCCGGAGUCUCAGUGGUCCCUGCCGCGGUCCUCGUGGCUAUGGAGUGUCCGCACCUCAGCUCCAGCGUCUGCAUCGCUCCGGACUCAGCCAAGUUCCCCAACGGCUCCCCGUCGUCCUGGUGCUGCAGUGUGUGCAGGUCCAACAAAAGCCCCUGGGUCUGUUUGACUUGUUCAAGUGUUCACUGUGGAAGGUAUGUGAAUGGUCAUGCAAAAAAACAUUAUGAAGAUGCACAAAUACCCUUAAGCAAUCAUAAGAAAUCAGAAAAGCAAGAUAAAGCUCAGCACACAGUGUGUAUGGAUUGCAGUAGCUACAGUACAUACUGUUAUCGCUGUGAUGAUUUCGUGGUUAAUGACACCAAGCUGGGACUGGUACAGAAAGUCAGAGAACACUUACAGAACUUGGAAAACUCAGCUUUCACAGCUGACAGGCAUAGGAAAAGAAAACUUAUGGAAAACUCAUCACUAAACAGCAAGUUAUUAAAAGUAAAUGGGAGCACCACUGCCAUCUGUGCAACAGGCCUUCGGAAUCUGGGCAACACAUGUUUCAUGAAUGCCAUUCUCCAGUCACUCAGUAACAUUGAGCAGUUUUGCUGUUAUUUCAAAGAACUGCCAGCUGUGGAGUUAAGGAAUGGAAAAACAGCAGGAAGGCGAAUGUACCACACCAGGAGCCAAGGGGACAACAAUGUGUCUUUGGUAGAAGAGUUUAGAAAGACACUCUGUGCUUUAUGGCAAGGCAGCCAGACUGCGUUUAGUCCAGAGUCCUUGUUUUAUGUUGUUUGGAAGAUUAUGCCGAAUUUUAGUUAUUUUUCAGGUAGGGUCUCACAUCUUUGCCUGUGGCCGACCUCAGACCUUGAUGCUCCUACCUGCAGCCUCCCAUGUAGUUGGGACCACAGGGGCUAUCAGCAGCAGGAUGCCCACGAAUUCAUGCGCUACCUUUUGGACCACCUACACUUGGAACUCCAGGGCGGCUUCAAUGGUGUUUCCCGCUCAUCAGUUCUACAGGAGAAUUCUACUCUGUCUGCAAGUAACAAGUGCUGCAUAAAUGGAGCAUCAACUGUUGUCACAGCUAUAUUUGGAGGCAUUCUCCAGAACGAGGUCAACUGCCUCAUAUGUGGGACAGAAUCAAGGAAGUUUGAUCCAUUCCUAGAUCUCUCAUUAGAUAUUCCAAGUCAGUUCAGAAGUAAACGCUCUAAGAAUCAAGAAAAUGGACCAGUGUGUUCAUUACGAGAUGUUGGAGGCCUGUCACCCUUGCCCUUCUGCAUGCUGUUGUCACCCCAUGGCAAGACUCUGAGAGCAAGCUGGCAUGGAGCUGCUUCCAGGACUGCAUGAUGAUGCUGCGCACCAAGGUGUUGUAGCAGACCCAGCAGCUCACGGUGCUGCUGCACCAAUACUGCAACAGGGCCUCCAUCCACAAGUUCUGCAUCAGCCCACAGCAGCUCUAUGGAGACAGCUGCAAGUUCCUGCUGCUCGAUCUGAGGCCCUUCAUCCCCAAGAAGGACAGCCAGCACUCCAAGAACUUUCUGGAGACCAUUGGUGUUAAGGGUGGCCCUGGCCUCAUUACUGACAGCUUUGGCAGGCACCAUAUCUCCCUGCCAAAGGCCCCUGCCACCAUUGGUGGACCACCUCCACCACCAAUGGGAACAGGGUUGCAGGGGGACUAGUGGGACUGCAUGAUCUCAGGUAUCAGUAGCAAUAUAAUAAACAAGAAACAAAUGCUGGAAAGGAUGUGGAGAAAAAGAAACCCGUAUAUAUUGUUGGUGGGAAUGUAAAUUAGUACUAUGUAGAACAGUAUGGAGGUUUCUUAAAAAGCUAACACUAGGACUAUCAUAUGAUCCAGCUUACCUACUCUUGGGUAUGUAUCUGAAGGAAAUGAAGUCAGCAUAUAAAAGAGAUGGCUGCAAGUCCAUGUUUAUAGCAAUACUAUUAACAAUAGCCAAGAUAAAGAACCAAUCUAGAUGAUUAGAUAAAGAAAACAUGGUGUAUGCAUGCCAUAGAGAAUGAAUUCCUGCCAUUUGCAGGAAAAUGAAUGGAACCAAAGUACAUCAUGUUAUGUGAAAUAAGUCAGACACAAACAAGUACUGGAUAUUCUUUUUCAGGUGUGGAAACUUAAAAAAAAAAAGUAACUUCAAAGUAGAACAGCAAUUGCUAGGGACUGGGAAGGUACCUAGGGGGAGGAUAGAAGGUAGAAGAAAGGUAAAUGGGCAUGAACAAUGCAUGAUAAUAUGUGUGCAUGGAAAUAUUACACUGAAUCUCAUUAAUUUGUAUAAUAAGUUAAUAAUUACAAUAAUAAUUGUUCUUAAAAAUUGAAAUGGAAGGAACUCUGGCAAACUUUGAGGCCAGAAUUACCUGAUACCGAAACCAGAUAAAGGAUGCAAAAAAAACCCACCUAUAAGCCCAUGAGCAUAGAUGCAAAAAUUCUCAAUAA